UCUGGAGCAUGAAUGGUGACAGCAGGCAGCAGCGGGACAGGUGAUAUGCGCUUUCACACUUCCAGCGUUUUCACGGCUCGUUCUGCGCCUCUGUGGCCGCUCGGUCGUUUGUGAUCGUGGUUUAUUGUGGACUGUUCGGGAAUACAACGUGUGGGACUGUGCUGUAAGUCGAGAAAGUGAAGUUUAUGGUGAUUCACCCGCUGGAGGGGUGUCACUUCUCACAGUGGAGUGAGGUGACUUUACGCACAAGCUCCAUCCGAAGACUUGGGGUGAUUACUGCGCGGUGGGAUGGCAGAGGAAAUCCUUAACGAUUCCUUCCCAGAUCUGAGAGAAGUGGAAAAUAAGGUUGGCAGGAAAACACCGGAGAGUCUUCUGAUUUGGAUGAGGGAUGCUGCGGACUGUGAGGAUGGUUGGAGGUCUGAUGUGGUGGACAGAGGAGACCGCGGCUCUGCCUUGAGCGACAGCUUUUCUGACAAGAUAAGCAACUUAAAACAAGAGAUGAGGUGGCUGCGUUCUGCCGAUGUGAGGAUUCUGCGCCAGCUGGUAGCCGUGCACGAGGGUAUUGAGGCCAUGCGUUGGCUGAUGGAGGAGCGGGGCGCCUUAGCCAGCCACGGCAGCAGCUUGACAGGCAGCCUGAGCAGCCUGGUGACUGUGGAAGAGCACGGGCCCUCCAUGUCCCCCUGCAGAGAGAGCCUGAGUCCAACUCCGGACUUGAUUGAAACCUCUGGUGAGGAAUCAGCAGACCCGCCAGCACACACUGAAGAUGGCGUUUCAAACCACAAGACCUACGUCGACAUGCUGAUCCCCGAGUCUACCGAAGCAAGACCUCUGAGUCCUUCCAGUCAUGGCCAGGCCUCAUCUAGCCCCGCCAAUGGUUUGGUUAGUACCAACUUACAAAAGGACUCGGAUGUAGUUCCAUUACAUGACAUCACAGGCGGUGCUGACACCAUCAGGAGAGCUCUCCUCAGAUCGAACAGGGCAAGAAGAGAAGUGAAAGCAAAUAAUGGUAGUUUAUCCCUCACUAAAGAGUCGGGGGAGAAACAGACAGAGCAACAAACUCAGGAGAGUUUCAGAGCCUCUCAGAACAGUAUGACAAAAGAGGAGGAGCAUGCACCUGAUAGUGAGACAUCUUUGCUGGGCUAUGAUGCUCAGUGGUGCUGGGUGGAGUCUCAGGAUGAUGUGACGUUUCUAUGAUCUUUGAGCACAGUUUAAAUACAUUAUCUUUAAGCUCUUCAACAGUUACUGCCUGUAAUGCAGUGGGAUUUAAAUGCACUUUGAUGGAUUAAUUAUGAAUGAUGCUUAAUGAUGAAUGUGUCACAGUCUCUUAUUCACUACUCUUCUGCUUUUGAUUAAGAUGUUCACAGUUUAUUCUGCCUAUUUUAGGAGUUCCACAUGACACAAAACUUUUAUUUAAAAUGAAGGAAACCACAAAUAUGAAGAAGCUCUUUUAGAAGAUAUGUAGAAAUGUUAUGUCCAGUAAAUGUUUUACACAGUUGGCACUGGAAUUGCAGAGAUAUCAUGAAGUCUGUCUUUCUGUCUUUUUAAUUCGAUUGCACUGAAUUUUAUUUAAAUGUCUAAUCUCAUUCAAUAGACAAGAACAGCUGUCACUUCUCUCCUGUGCUUAUUUCUCAUAUGUUCUCUCCUACAUUAUCUGACAUUAUUUCUUGUUUAAAUGGAUCUGUUAUUGGUUCUUUUAUGCAAUUUUAAAAAAGGUUUAAAAUGAAUUCUCAAAUCAUUUUGUUAAUAAAUAUUU